AUGCUGAGGCGAAGAUGCGCGCACGCGCGAGCGGGGGAGGGGGUGAAGGGGGAGGAAACGGAGGAGGAGACGGCCGAGGACGGCGGUUGUCACGUGAGUGAAGCGGGCGCCGUCGCAUCGCCGUGCCUCUCAGUUAGUCAGCGAGUCCCGCGCGGUCCGUCUCUUCCCCUCACCCCUCCCUCCGCCGCCUUGCAUGCCGCGCGCUGCCGCCCCCUGCCGCCUCUACCUGUCCCCAGCCGGCCCCACCUAAGGCCUCGGCCGCCCGCCGCCGCCUCCUCCGCCUCCUCGUCAGGAGCAGCGCCUCCCGUUCUCCCGCUCGUCCCGCCCGCCCGUGGCCGGAGCCCUUGA